UGCCAAACUGACAGACUACAAAUUACAAAAAAAAACAACCAAAACAGUUUGAAAUUUUGUUUGUGUCAAGCAGUACGGCGUGCAAUUUUGGAAACACUUUACUCGCUCUUCUAUUUUAUUUCAAAAUUUAUUAUGUUUGUAACUUUAAAUGAAUGUAUGUAUGUUAUAUAAGCUUGAACCAGUAUAUUUCAGUAUGAAGGAUCAUUAGAACGUCAGCUAUAAAUCAACUUGUAACAUAACCUGUAUGUACUUAUCAAAACUUUCAAGUUUUGAAUUAUAGAAUGAAUCACCUUAGAAUAUUAUUUUUGCUUCUUACACUUCCGAAUUACUUAAAACUUUUAUGCAAUAACAAUAGUAUUUUGAAUUUUCCGAAUGUAUUUGCUGAUGCAACCGUCCAAGAAUCAAAAUCUGCUGAUUGUGGGUGUGGUGGAAAUUUAAAUAGGAAUAAACAUCCCAAAAAUGAGUAUGUGUCAGGAAAUUCUGAAACACAAGAGCAAUUUUGUUUCAGUAAACGUGAUAGAUUGUUAUCAGAUGUAGAGUUUGAUUCUAUUAGUGCAAGUAAUGAUUGUUUCAGCUUCACUUUUAAAAAUAUAUUAAAGCCAUACAUGAAGCAAAAACAAUCAAAAGGAGAAAAAAUGGUUCUCAUCAGAGGUAAGCAGUUUUAUAUGGGGACUGAUGACCCCAUAGUUGUGGCCGAUGGUGAAAGUCCCGAAAGAAAAGUUACAGUUGACAAUUUUUUUAUGGAUGUCCAUGAAGUAAACAAUGCACAAUUCAAACAGUUUGUUGAUGAUACAAACUACAUUACAGAAGCUGAGAAGUUUGGUGAUUCGUUUGUUUUUGAACCCCUUAUUAGUGAGAAGAUAAAAUCAACAAUAUCGCAAGCCGUUGCGGGUGCUCCCUGGUGGCUUCCUGUCAAAGCUAGCAGCUGGAGAAAUCCCGAAGGUCCAGAUUCAAAUGUAAAAGAUCGAAUGAAUCACCCGGUGGUGCAUGUGUCGUGGCAUGACGCAGUGGCCUAUUGCAAGUGGGCCGGCAAGCGCCUCCCCUCCGAGGCCGAAUGGGAGUUCGCGUGUCGCAGCUCGCUGCAAAGGAGGCUCUUUCCCUGGGGCAACAAGAUGAUGCCCAACGACAAGCACAGAAUGAACAUUUGGCAAGGGGAGUUUCCUGUUAAUAACACGGCGGAGGAUGGGUUUGUUUCGACUGCUCCAGUCGAUGAGUUUGCCAGCAACAGCUUUGGACUGCACAACAUGGUCGGCAACGUCUGGGAAUGGACCUCGGACUGGUGGACUGUUCGUCUCAAACAACAUGCGCAUAACCCUAAAGGGCCUGCUACCGGAACAGAAAAGGUGAAAAAGGGUGGCUCGUAUUUGUGCCACAAGAGCUACUGCUACAGAUAUAGGUGCGCUGCCAGAAGUCAGAACACACCAGACAGCUCAUCUGGCAAUUUGGGUUUUCGAUGUGCCGCUUCAGUACCAACCAUUUCCUAGUUGUGUCUCCCUCAUUUUAAUUUAUUCACUCUUUAAUUUUUGUGAUAAUAAUCACAUACUAAGAUCCAGUUGCACAAAAGUCUGUUAAAUUUUAAUCCCGAUUAAAUGUAACAAGAACCUAUCAGUGAUGCUUUCUUCUUAGAAAAACCUUCUCUGAUUGGUUCUUAUGUAAUUGAAUCAGAUUUAAAUUUAAAAGGUUUUGUGUAACCGGGCUUGAACUUUUUGUUCAACUGGGCAUUACAAACUUGAACGUUUGUAAUGAAGUGUGAGAUCAUGCUAUAAAUUUCGGACGGAAUUGGAAUGACAGGUGCCGAUAGCAGACUGAAUUUAUAACGCUUCAAACCAUAGAUUAGAUCAACUGAUUUAUUUGACGGCCUAAACUCAUAAUAUUUCAUUGUGCCUUCUUGGGACCACUCUUCUGAUCUGUGAUUCAGGAUCAGCGUUGUAUUCCAAGGCCGUAUUCAUAAAUAUAUUUUCAAGAAUGAACUCAUUUGGAAACCAAAAGUAUGAAUCAAUGAUUUUCAUGCGUGAUCUCUAGGCAACCGAACCGAACUUGGAAAAUCGUUUAUAGUAUGGAAUACAUAAGAUAGCAGAAUGGCAUUGUUUCUAGUGGAUCUGUUAAAAUCUUCUCAAUAUUAAUGAUAAUUUUAUAGAUUUACCGUUGUUUUCAGAACUAUCAAGAACUACAAGAAUACUUACAACCGGUGUUGUAUCGACCCCCAAGUUUUAUAUCAAGUAAAAGGAUUCCAGUCACAUAUUGCCACAUUGAAUGAAAUCAAGUAUAAUUAUCAUUAUAGCUUUAUGAUGUUCACCCUCAAUUCCGAUUCUUUGGUGCUUUCUUGGUUGUGUCAGUGUCAGUCACUUCAAAUAGGGUGACUUUUUAGAAAUAUACAAUCAAGAAUAUCGUGAUUAAUAUCAAGCUUUUUUACCUUCGGUAUUGUCAAAGUGAUCAAUUUUCAAUUUCUUUCCUUAUUUGUUAGAACUGUGAGUUUGUUUUCAAGUUAUAAGUAACACAGUUACAAUGCUGUUAUACGCUUGUGAUAUAUUGAAUAGAAAUAUGAAUCAAUCACAACCAUCGUAGUGUUUGAACCUUAAAAAGCACGAUACUCAAUUCGAAUGAAAUGUUUCUUCCUCUUUCCUCUUUUUGUAGAAUAAGUUUUGGAGUAGUCCACUUCGAUAAAUAGGGUCAUCAAUAAUAAUUACUUAGUAUCUAGUUACAAUCUCUAGACGUAUCUCAAGGUCUGUCUUAUUCUAUUCAUGAGUUUAGAGGUUUUAUUGUGGUAUUCUCCCUGUUUAAUUCACUCCUUAUACUCCUUGUUACAUUUGUUCCUAAAUAUAAUUAUAAAUUAUAAGUGAUAUUAUUCAAUAUGCCUUAUAAAUCAAAUAAUUUUAUUUUUGUAAUUGAUGUUGUUUUCCAUGAAACACUAUAAUUACCUUGUUGUAGUGUAGACACUGUGUUUCGACACUAGUAACGUUGAAUCACACUGUUUAGACUACAACAAAGUUUAUUUUUCUGUGUACAGUGAUGAUAUUAAGUAAUACCACAUCAACUACAAAAUACCCCAACUGUAUUCUCAAACCAAAAUUAGCUGUUGUACUGUAUUCGUUUACUGUGUACUAACUCUAUUUUGGUCAUUCCUAUUUUAUUAGUUUUUGAUUUUCUCAAUUUUUAGUAUACGUAUUAAUCCACAUUUUUUACAGUUCACAAUUUUUGUAGCUCUUUAUUUUUAGUUCAUGAAUCCCUCAUAGAAAAAAGUUGAUAUCAUCUCAAUUCUAUAACUAUAUAGGUAGUUAAUUAAUCUGAUGAUUUCAACUAUUUAUAGACUGUUCAACUGUACUUAUCUAAUUUUCAUUCCUUGCAAUAGUUUUGAAAAGUUUUUUUAGUUUUCCUCUUUUUAAAUUAUGCUAUUAUCCUCAAAUUCACACACUUUUUACUCCAGAUAAGCAGAUUUUUUGAAAAUUUAUAAAAGUAAUUUUUUCCUUUUUUAAUCUGUAGAGUUAUCCAAAAGUCGUGUGUCCUAUUUUUAAAUAAUUUAAGUGUGACAUUUCAAUUUGUAAAAUUAGAUUCGAAUAUGGAUUUUUUGGUGCUAAGUGUGGAGUCACUGCUAUAUCUUACCACAAUGCGACAGUAAUUCACCGAUUGAAUUGAAUUAUUCGAAAGUGAGUUAUGUUAUAUACAGAUCUAUCUACCUUGAUACAGAUCGAUCAUUUUGUCUGUAUUUGUAAAUUUAUUUUAGACUCUUAUCAUAGUAUGAAAAAUGCUAACUGAAGGUCUAUAAAUCGGAAACUGUGAUUUGACAAAUUCCUUUUAGAUGUCUUCAACAUUUCAACUAAUUUGAUUUUUUAAAAUCGUAACUUACUAUUGGUAAUAUUCUCACAUUAUGCUCCUCACAUCACUUGAUGUAUUCUCGUUAUUGUACAACUUUUGUUUUCAAGAGAAAAAUCUUAUCAAGUUUUUUCGGAUGCGAUAUUCAACUGUACUUACAAAUAAGUUUUAUUGCAUUAUUCACUAUAUUAUUGUAAUAUUUUAUUAAAAAUGUUGAUGUUUGAAUUUUUUAUUAAAUUAUUUUUCAUGAUUA